CGCUGUGGGCUGCGCACUAACACACUGCAGUAACACCGGGAAGUCGUCAGAGAGGGAUACUCUAACAUAUAUACAUAUAUUUAUAGUACAUUUAAAAAACAAAUAAACCUGUUGAGAUGCUGUUGAGGAAAAGCUGCAGUCUGGUUUUGAGCUGCAUUCUGCUCGGAUUCAUCUCUCUGCCUUUCAGCUGUGCUGCUACAUGUAACGAGCAGCAGUUUCAGUGCGGCAACAAGAAAUGCAUCACAAGACGCUGGGUGUGUGACGGGAUGGACGACUGCGGAGAUGGAACCGACGAGCUCCCUGCUACCUGCACUGAGAAGAAAUGCCUGCCGUCGGAGUUCACCUGCAAUGGGAAGCCUGUUCAGUGCAUAUCCUCCAGGUGGCGCUGUGACGGAAAGGCCGACUGUGAGAACGGAGAGGAUGAGCGGGGCUGCGCCCUAAAGAACUGUACGGCGGACGAGUUCCGCUGCGCAAACGGAGAGUGCAUCUCUUCGUCAUUCUUCUGCGAUGAGGAUGCUGAUUGUUCAGAUGGCAGCGACGAAGUGUCUUGCCCUAAGCCCACCUGUACAGCUGGCUCCUUCCAGUGUAAUAACACGGUCUGCGUUCCGCAGCUGUGGGCUUGUGAUGGAGACGUCGACUGCGCAGAUGGCUCCGAUGAGUGGAGUGAGCACUGCGGUCACAAACCGACACCCAGCUCCUGCAGUGGACAGGAGUUUCAGUGCAGUAACGGACAGUGCAUCCACAGCAUGUGGCGCUGCGAUAAAAGCUUUGACUGCACCGACCGUUCAGACGAAGCUAACUGCACUGUGGCCACUUGCCGACCCGAUGAGUUCCAGUGUAUCGAUGGUAGCUGUAUUCCCGGCGUCCAUCAGUGUGACGGCGAGUUCCAAUGCAAGGACUUUAGCGAUGAGAACGGCUGUGCCACUGUGAGUAAAUGUGAAGGCCCGGACACUUUCCAGUGCCGCAGCGGAGAGUGCAUCAGCAUCGAUAAAGUGUGCAACAAGCAGCGUGACUGCAAGGACUUCUCUGACGAGCCCCUCAAAGAGUGCAAUAUCAACGAGUGCCUUGAAAAUAACGGCGGCUGCUCUCAUACCUGUAAUGACCUGAAGAUCGGCUAUGAGUGCCUCUGCCCUUCAGGCUACCGCCUGGUGGACCAGAAACACUGUGAAGACAUUGACGAGUGUACAGACCCCGACACCUGCUCUCAGGUGUGCCUGAACCUGGUGGGCAGCUUCAAGUGUGAUUGUCAGGAAGGCUAUGAGAUGGACCCCAUGACCAAAGAGUGCAAAGCGGUUUCUGAUAACAUUCCUUAUCUGUACUUCACCAACCAUCACGAGGUGAGAAAGAUGACACUGGAUAAGAAAGAGUAUACGUGUCUGAUCCCGCAACUGAAGAACGUGGUGGCACUCGAUAUGGAUGUGUCCAGUGGAACAAUCUUCUGGUCUGACCUUUUCCACAAAAAGAUCUACAGCACUCCUAUAGACAAGGCUGCUUAUCCGGUUAACCACAUCACCUUGAUUGGCAGCCAAAUCUCCUCUCCCAAUGGCUUGGCUGUCGACUGGAUUCAUGGCAACAUCUACUGGACUGACAGUUUCUUACAAAGCAUUUCUGUGGCGACAAAGGAUGGGUCCAAGCGCAAGACUCUUAUCAACGAAGGCUUGAAUAAGCCGCACGAUAUUGUUGUAGAUCCAGAGCGCAACUUCAUGUACUGGACUGACUGUGGAAGCCCUGCCAGGAUAGAGAAGAGUGGUUUGAAUGGGGCAGAUCGUACAGCUCUGGUCACUGACAACAUCCUCUGGCCCAAUGGCAUCACAUUAGACUUGGUGAAUGAGCGCCUGUACUGGCUGGACUCUAAACUGCACAUGCUUUCCAGCAUUGGUGUGGACGGUGGUUUGCGUCAUACACUCAUCGUAGACGAGUGGCAGCUGGCCUAUCCAUUUUCACUGGCUGUGUUUGAGGAGAAAGUGUUUUGGACGGACGUAUCCAAUGGAAGCAUCCUGAGUGCAAAUCGUCUGACGGGAAAAAACGUUAUGAAAGUAGUAGAGAACCUACUGCAUCCCAAGGACAUUGUGCUGUACCACAACCUUAAGCAGCCCAACGGUACGAACUGGUGUGAAGAAGGGAACAAUGUGAACGGUGGGUGUGAGUAUUUGUGUCUUCCAGCUCCACGGGUGAAUCACUAUUCCCCAAAAUAUACUUGCACCUGCCCUGAUCACAUGAUCCUCGGCCCUGACAUGAGGAAGUGUGUGGAAGUUGUAAAGCCAGUAGCAACUACAGUAGCGAUUCCACCUCCAGUUCCAGCUGGUACUACACCAAAACGACCUGCCAUUCAAACCACCACCAAAAAUCCCAUAAAGUCAACCAAACAACCAUCCAGAACUCCAGGCUCCAUGACUUCCUUACGCGCAGCUGGGUCUCGAACAAACGUCUCCGAAACCAAGGGUGAGAUCAGUGCUCGUGAAGGUUCAAAUGAUGUGCACGUUGCAGUCACCAGCCCUUCGGAACACUCUGUCGCUCUCUAUAUCUUCCUCCCUAUAGUGGCAAUAUGCCUGAUUGCACUCGGUGCCGUGCUGCUGCGGCGUCACUGGAAGCUGAAGAACACCAACACCAUCCACUUUGAAAACCCUGUGUACCAGAAAACUACAGAGGACCAGGUGCACAUCUGCAGGAGUCAAAGCCAAGACGGCUACGUCAACCCACCACAUCAGAUGUUAUGUUUGGAUGAGGAUGAAGAUGUUGCAUGGUGGUUCUCUCAGAAAGACACAAACAGCUUCACAGGAAGUCAAAUCUGAAGAACGAGUGGGACUCCAAAGGUUAGCAGGCUCUUUAGAUGCUGCUCAUAUGCUUUGAGUUUCUUUUCUUUUCUUUUCUUUUUUUUUUUUGCUGCACAAAUCUGAAUGUGAAGGAAAAAUCCACAGCACAAAGCGUUCUUUUCCUCAAAGUACGGACACAGAAGAAUGUCAUCACCAUGAUAUAUGAAAAAAAGCCACUAAAUAUUUUACAAUAUCGACGCUUUCAGACCAAAGUCCUGUGCGAUGUUACAGCCAUCAGAUUUCCGUGCUCAUACCAUUUAACAGCACAUCUUGCAGCCAAACUUUACUAAGAUAGGAAGUAAGAUUAGAUCCAGUUAGAAUCUAAACGAAUAUGAAGAACCUCAUCAACACUCUUGGCUUGAAAGAAGAUUGUGUAUUUUGGUAAAACUUUUUUGAGAAGCCCUGCAGAAGGACCGCAUGACACAUUCAUAAAUUAAUAAGAAGCAGAAUGCAGGUAUGAAGCUAUGAAGAGCCCUUACUGCAUAUUGAUGGAAGUAUAUUAAAGGGAUACUUUAGCGUUGUUUGGCGUCAUCCCCUUCCACCAGGUUUAUAGCAUAUGUGUGGUUACCAUACUCAAGAAUUAUAAUUUCUUUGUCCUGAAAAGAGAACAGAAAACCUGUUUACUCGAAGGGACCUCUUAUUAUGGAACAGACUUAAAAUGGAAGGGCAGUUGCUGAAUUGUGCGGUGAGAAAACAAAUCGAAAACAAAAUUACAGUAAAGGCACAUACAUGUCAACCUUUGGUCAAUCAAACCUGUAUAACCAACCUCCAAAAUCCUUAUUUCCCUUAUAAAAUCCGUAUAAGAUGCAAAUUAAAAUAAUUUACCUAAAAUUUGAAUGAUAAUUAACAAUGAUAUAUCCCAGUUACUUUUUAUUCAAUAUUAAUAACAAUAAACCUUCAGAAUGAAUACAAAGCUCCAAUGUUUGACAAAAACACAGUGUUAUCAGCGUAGUUACGAAGGAAAUACUUCGUUGUUUGGAGACAGGUUUCACAGAGCGGCUAUUAUGCGCGAGACUUCAUAUUAGCCACAAAGUCAGGAAAAUCUGUUCAUAAAAUUACGUUAUAAUGACCAAAUACAAUGAAAAGUAUUUUUUCAGUCUCACCUGUGAAAGGUAAUCCCAUGUGAUCUCGUUUGGAUGGUAAACCUGUUGGUACAGUUAAACGCAGCACAUGAAUGAGGCAUCUUUAUUCUCGGCUACUGUCUAGACGCUAUACCAGAGACGGCUGAAGAAUCUCCACUUUGCCCCAUCCAAUAUGGCGGCGAGGAUGACGUAUGAUUCUAUGCAGAAGGCGGCGUCUAUGUUUAUAUGUCUAUGACUUCCCGGUUGGCGGGAUUCUCGCAAUGCGGUGUGUGCAUGAUCAAAAGUGGAACGAAGUCUCGCUACCACAAGAUAACGCGCGAUUUCAUAAGACUCUUUACUGGCUGUCUGUGGUGUACAGUACGUUUGUAAAUGUUAUGCGUUCUUUUAUCAUCGUGGGAAUUGAUUAUAGCUCUAAAUAAAUAUUGAAGUUUUUUUUAAAGAAUCCGUAUAACUUUAUUUAUACGCCCGUAUACUACGUUUAUUGAAUCAAAUCCGUAUAAAAUACGGACAUUCCGUAUAGGUUGACAUGUAUGAAGGCAUUAUACAGAUUCAGGACUUAAUUUACAAAUACUCUUGAUAGAAAAAUUCACAAAAAUACUCUAGCUGAUAAAUGUUAAUCGACUGCCCUGACAACUGCCCUUAGACCUCUAUUAUAAACAUGUAGGGAAACAGAAAUUCGUUGAAAUUCUUGUCCACGGUAAUCAUAUGUCCUUAUGGAUUAGGUUCGAAGACUAUGUUGAAUAAUGCUGGAGUAUUCCUUUAAUGGUGUGUGUGAACAUUUGCACAGUGUAAAUGACUGAUUGUCCAUUGUUCACUAACGAAUGUGUAGUGUUUUUAUUCGAGCCAUUGCUGGGCUUUACACAAAAGUAUUACCUGCAGAUGCUGAAGGUUACUUCUUUGCUAUGUGAAGGUUUACCUUUGCCUUGCGUGACUAUUUUUUCGUACAUGUUAACUUCCUGAACGACGAACUAGAUUACAGUACGAAGUUGUAUUGCAGUCUGAAGCGAACUGGUAUCGAAAUUAAAGUCGUGACGCGUCCUGAGCCAUGACCGCUUUUUAUACGACGGUCAUGACACUACCGUGACUUGUUGGCAAGACAGGUCAUCUUUCCAAAGAACUAUUCAGGGAGAAAUUAUUUAAAAAAAAAAAAAGUCGAUACAGGUUUGCCACGCUGGCAUUUUGCACUUGAAGAGAACAGCUUGUUACCUCUUGUUGAAGAAUGCAGACAAAACAGAAGCUUUACGAUAUUUGAUACCAUUGAAUGAUCAACAGCCUGUUAGCGCUUGUGCUUUCGGAUAUUUAUGUGCCUGUACGAUGCCAGCUGUAGAUUAGUUAGAUGUGUGGCUUAUCUGAUUGUUCUCAUUUGUUUGAAACAAAUGGAUGAGUUGCUGCCUUAAUGCUCAGGUUUCGGAAUGUUCACAGAAUAACUGGCCAGUGCUGGGUUUCUCAAAAGCCUCUUAACGCUAAGAGCAUCUUAACUAGGAGAGAGACUGUUCAUUGUGCUGCUCACUCUACCAUUUAACGAUGAUCUUUGUGCUGCGAUGCUUUUGGGAAAUUCAGGCCAGAAUAAUACAACCUGAUAGCUGUAGCAUAUGUAAAAUGUAAAAACUUUUUUUUUUUUUGUGGAGAGUAGUUUUUAAAAUGAUAUUUAAGACAUUAUUUGAGUGUAAUCAACGUCAAAUCAUGUACAUUGACUACGCUGCUGUUUUUUUUGCACACUCCGUGAAUCUCUAUUUUGAAAGAUUGCAGUUCUUACAGUAGAUGAGAUCAUAACGUGAAGUAAAUGUAAAAUGUGUACAUAAUGCCUGUGUAUAUACUGUACGUUUUCUGUCACUCACUGUUUCUUAAGUUUGUAUAAUUUGUUUGUAUAUUUAAACCACAGAUUUUGUAAAGAGGGAAAAAGUGCUUUAUUUAUUGUACCAUAUCGAUAUAACGUGUCAUUUAGUAUUUUAUAGUUUCUUUACUAUUUACAGAAGACAAGCAUGUUCUUGUAAUACUUGCACUGUUAUAGAUGGAUUACAUGACAGCAUAUCUUUAUCAAAUUUAGUUUUGGCUUGUAACACCACGGUCUUCAAAUGAUUUUAAUAUUGUGCUUUUAAUAUUAUGUUUAAGUUACACUUAGACAGUUCCGGUGUAGUUAUUACCUAGGCACUGUAAAAAUACAGAUUUGAUUCUGUAGGCAUGUUACAACUCAAAGAUUAUGUAGGACGUUUAUAAAAGUCAGACGUUAUGAAAUGAGCAGUUACGUACACGAAAGUACUUACAUGAUACAUUCAUAAUUGUAAGAUGUGCUACUAUAAUCCAUCUGUAACAGCACGAACGUUGUAAUUACAAAACAUGAUAAUUACUCGUGUUUAAUUUUAUGUGUAAUAUUAAUAUAAAAUGGGACCAAAAAAAUAACAGCGCACUAUACUUUUAAAAUGAGCCAUGUUACCGUCAUAAAUGUCAUUGUAUAAAUGCCAUCAAAAACACUUCUUCUUCUAUAAAAAUCACACAAUUUAAUUGUUAAUUACAAUGUUUGUGCCUUCUGAUAAUCAUACCAGGCCUUACCUAAGCAGGAGGGAUUAUUAUUAUUAUUAUUAUUAUUAUUAUUAUGUUGUUGUUGUUGUUACAAGAGUUACUUUUUACUGAGGUUUGUGUCCUGGGGAUUCAUUUGCUUUAACAGAAAGAUUAGUCUGUUAUAGUCUACUAGAUGUUAGCUGUAGAUAAGAGUAUCUGAACGGUUCAAAUGAAGGAAGCAAGAGCAACAGUUGCAUGGUGUUUAUUUUGUGUUAUUGUUAAAUAAAUGUUAUCUUUUAACCUGA